CUUCCGUCGGGCGGCGCUUGUACGCAAGUCGCUGGCAUAAAAAGUUAAUUGGGGGCAGUAGCAGUGAGAGUAACGCAGCGGUUUUUCCAAAUAUGGUGACUUUGCUUCGCCCUUUCGUGGCUGUGUUGGGAUGGAUUUGAAUGAGGACGCUGAGCGCCGAGUUGAUGCUGUUUUCCGACCCGUGAUAGUUCACUCCCAUCCCUUGUCGUUUUGGGGCCGAAGUGGAAAUCGGACGAAUUGCGGCUCCAACAGGUAGGCGGAGUCGAGGCCAACCUAACCCGAUGGGGCAGGCGCUGUGGAGGGUUGCAAGAAACCAGCAACUGCAACACCAACGAUACACUGAGGACGGCUACUGUCUUGUAGAGCAUGACAGGAGGCUUGCUGCAGCAAAUCGCAAACAUGCCCAGGUUGGGAUUGACAUCUACCACAUGCUGAGAGUUGGCAGAUCAAAGGAAGAGCACGGAUUUCCAGAUCUGGAACUGUUACCCCCAGAGCUAAGCUUAACUAUUCUAUCAUAUCUGAAUGCAACAGACCUCUGCCUGGCUUCGUGUGUCUGGCAGGACUUGGCCAAUGAUGAUGUUCUCUGGCAAGGGUUGUGCAAGUCCACCUGGGGUCACUGUUCCAUAUACUAUAGAGUCUAUCCAGGUUUUAACUACAGACAACUCUACAUGCAGCUAGAUGAAGGCAGUCUUACCUUCAAUGCUAACCCUCAUGAGGGUAUAGGUUACAUUUUUCGUAAGGGAAUACUGGACAAUGUCCCAAAGGAAAUUGCAAAGUUUAUUUUCUACACAAGAACACUAAAUUGGAAGAAGCUUCGAAUUUAUUUAGAUGACAGGAGGGAUGUGCUAGAUGAGCUUGUGACACUGCACAAUUUCAGCAACCAAUUCCUACCUAAUGCACUUCGAGAGUUCUUUCGGCGCAUUCACGCUCCUGAAGAGCGGGGAGAGUACCUGGAGACACUAAUCACCAAAUUCUCACAGCGAUUUUGUGCUUGUAACCCGGCUGUGACCAGAGAUCUUGGCCUGAGUCCAGAUGCUGUUUAUGUACUUUGCUAUUCCCUGAUCCUGCUUUCCAUCGAUUUGAAUAGUCCACACGUGAAGAACAAGAUGUCCAAGCGGGAAUUUAUCCGGAAUACACGACGUGCUGCUCACAAUAUUAGUGAGGAUUUUGUAGGCCAUCUGUAUGACAAUAUUUACCUAAUUGGUCAUGUGGCUGCCUAAAAAAAAACUACCAUUUACAACUUUACCAGAACAUUUAAACUUAAAACUAUAAAAUUGCACAGUGAAGUACGUUAACCUUUUUAAAUGAGGAUUAUUUAAGAGCUGGUCAUUGUAAUCUUUUGUGUACAAUCAGAUCCUUUCUGUUUCCAUCUAGCCAUUGUUAGCACUUUAGUAACUGAAUCCCUGUUUAUAUUUUAUAUUGUUUAGUUAUAAGUUGCACAUAGUUGUGCCAAUGGUCUGAUGCAGCAAUUUGGGAAAUGGAUUAAUUCAAAACUGACAUAAUAGUGCAAGGGCUACAAUAGCACUGGAUGUUGGUAGUAGGGUUAACAAAUUAAGUGGGGCAAUGAGCCCCUAACUUUUCUUCCUUUUUUAAAAAGUGCGUGUGAUGUGUGUAAAUAUUGCAGAAUAAGAGAGAUUUAUAAUCAUAUAAUUAUUUUGUAAAAUAUUUUACUGAAAAGAAUUUUCUCUGUAUGAAGGGGUUUGUAUUUUUUCUGUUUUGGCUUUCAUUCCAUAGAAGUGACAUAAAAUAUAGCAUAUAGUUAUGUGAUCUUUGGCAUUUGAUGUGAUUACUUCAUCAAUAAAUGCUGGAAGUAGCAGUUUGGGCAGCACCUGUAGUUGGAGAAACAAGGAUAAUAAGUCAGGUCAAAGAUCUGUCACCAAGAUUUUAUAAUGUGGGUUGUCCAAAUUUUACAACAAAGAUCUAUUUUCAUAGUUGGUAUCACUCAUGAAAGAAUAUUACGAAAUUCAGUCAAGAUGUGUAUGUUGCUAUGAAGGUUGUAUGAAGAUUAAACUCUGGAUGAGUUUGUUCUAUUUAAAACAAAGCACUAGCUUUGCUUUCAAUUUAUUUCUAUUUUCAUAGGAAGUUGUCUUAGAAUAUGUGGUAUAUGAGGAAAUAGAAAAAAAUAAAUAUUAACAAUAGCAGGAGAGUUCUGCAAAUGCUGGAAAUCCAGAGAACACACAAAAUGCUGGAAGAACUCAGCAGGUCAGGCAGCAUCUAUGGAAAGGAAUAAAGAGUCGACAUUUUGGGCUGAGAACCGAGUCCUGAUGAACAAUCUCGCCCCGAAACAUCGACAUUUUAUUCCUUUCCAUAGAUGUUGCCUGACCUGCUGAACUCCUCCAGCAUUUUUGUUUUUUCACUCUAAAUACUACCAACCUUGUGUUGUAGUAUUUAAACUAAUUGUUUUAAGUUUUUUUUUCUUGUUCGGGUGAGAUGAAGGAUUGGGGAGGAGAGAACAAAUAUGCUUGUUUUUGAAAUGAAACGUUCCUUCAGCCUCUCCAGUUUUAAUACAUCUUUGCCAUAAAUGGUUCAUUCAACAUUUGGCAUUUGAUUGGCUAUUCUCAGAUGUGCCAAUGUUAACAUUAAAUUUGUCCUUGGCCUUAAAUUAGCAUGGGGAAAAUUCGGACAGUGUUUUCAAAGUUCAAAGUAUGUAUAUAUUUUACAACCUUGAGAUCCAUCUCCUUACAGGCAGCCACAAAACAAACCCAAAAGAACCCAUUUAAAAAAAACACUUGCACUUAAGUUUUGUCUGAGGGCUGAGUUGGAGUUGGAAUUGUGUUGUUUGUUGUCAAGUCUUGCACUUAAGUUAACAACUGAAUAGCUAAGCCACCUGAAGGACACUGUGACAUGGAAUUAUUAUGAGAAGGGAGAUUAAGAAAUAAAGAUUUCUGUUUUUGAAAAGUCUUGGACUUUGAUUUUCAAAAAUCAUGUUGUAUCAUAUGAAGGUGCAGCAGGGCAAAUGUUAAAAUGGCUGUUACUACUUCUAUAAAUUAUUUAAUAUCGCCCAUUAACAAUUAGAAAUCAGGACAAUCUUAUUCAUAUGAAGGAAGAAGAUUUAAAAAAAACAACUUGGGAUUCCCAUCAGGAAUUUCCUCUGGAGAUUUUAGUUGUUUCUGAAGACACUGCAGUCUUUAUUUUUGUAAUGAAGAAUUGCAUUUAAAAAAAACAUACUAAACUCAUCUACUCUUCAGCAUUUGGUACUUUAAUAGAAGCAUUCUCACCAAGACUUGGUACUAUACUGGCUGUUGUCCUCUUUUGCUGCAGAGCUUCAACUCAAAUUCCCAUUGCCUUCACAGAUGCUGCCUGGCUCACUGAAUUCCUCUCAAAGUUUUUUUUUUGCUCUGGAUUUCAGCAUCUGCAAUCUGUUGCAUCUCCAUGGCAUUCCUGUUUUAUACAUGUUCCUUCAUUUUCCCACUAUAUGCUUGUUUCAGAGUUCAUCAUGUUGAGUAUAAUAUGGAGAUUUUUUUAAUUUUGCAAUUGCAAAGGAAAAAGUUGAAGGUAAACAGAAAAUAAAUGUUUUCCAAAAUUUAAACUGACUUUUCAGUUGAGAAACAUUUAUAAAGAACAAGAAGGUUUCUGUAAAAAAAAACUUAUUUUGGUUUAUUUGAAAAAGACGUUGAAAAAGACGUUUUUUACACAAAAAUUGGGUGUCACUGAUUAUGGACAACAACUUUCUGAA